GCUCCUCAAAUUGGUUGGCUGAGGACCCUCCGUCCAUCUCUGAGCUCCUUAGAGGAUACAAGACUUCCUCCAGCAGCUGAAAGGGUAGAGUCUCCCCUGGUCUUGGCCACUCUACUUUUAAACAAUUAAUGCCAGAGAGCCCCCAGGCCUUGGCAGAGAAGUUGAGUUGCCCUCCUUGUAUUUGCCCAGUCCUCCUCCUCUUUACAGUGGGAGGACCCUCACACCCACUCACCCCCAUUACACUCUUUUCAAUCCUGUAACUACUCUAAGAUCUAGGACAGAGAGUUUAAUCCUGAUGUCCCAGAGAUGUGAAAGCCCUAGGCCUAGCACUGCCAGGCUGUGUGACCUUGGGCCAGUCAUUUCCCUGCCCUGAGCCUUGGUUUCCUCCUUCUGGUAGGUGAGACCCUGAGCACUUCUCAGUUCUAUUGGAUUUUGGAGUCAGGCAAACAGCAGAGUCAGCCCUGCUCUGACCCAUUUAACUUCUGGGCCUCUGACCAAUGCCUUAGGCUGUCUGAGCCUCACUUUCUCCAUCUGAAUGUAAACCUUUCCUGAUAAGGAAGGCAAGAUGGCAUCUGGGAUUAAGAACAGGCUCUCCUCUCCAGCCCCUUUUACCUCAUUGAGAUACUGAAUCUCCCUAAGCCCUCGAUGUGCAACCAUGAAAUAGGGUAAUAACAGCCCCUCCCUCAUAGGGUUGGGGAGAAGGUAGCAUGAGAAUGGUGAUGAUCCAUUUGCAUCCCUGCCUGGCAUGUGGGAAGUGCAGGGUGAGUUUGCCAUGGGGUCUGUCAGGAAUGGUGCUGGUUGUGCCCUCACUGUGUGUGGCUUCCAGCAAGGGAAGUACUCUAUGGGCUGUCUCAUUAGUGAGACAUUAGUGAGGUAACAGCUCCCACCUUAGUGGGUCAGGUGGGAGGUAAAAUGAGAGGUGUAGACUCCCUACACAGAGUAAGUGCUCAGCAAACACUGGUUCAUGUGAUUAUAAGUUGAAAAGGGCCUGCAUAUUGAAAUCAAAUAACCCUGGCUGGACUAGAACCUUGCUUGAAUUCCUUCAAUGUUGGGGUGCCCCCUACCUCCCUGAGGAGGCUUCUCGGCUUCCUAGCAGUCCUGGUUUAACCACUUUGAUUUACAGGAAGAAGAAAAUGAGACACAGAGAGGGCCAGUCAGUGGUCCAAGGUCACACAGCAGGGCGUGGAUGGCGUCGGGGCGCCCCGAGGAGCUGUGGGAGGCGGUGGUGGGGGCCGCCGAGCGCUUCCGGGCCCGGACAGGCACGGAGCUGGUGCUGCUGACUGCCGCGCCGCCCCCGCCACCCCGCCCAGGCCCCUGUGCCUACGCGGCCCAUGGCCGUGGGGCCCUGGCUGAGGCUGCCCGCCGUUGCCUCCACGACAUCGCCCUGGCCCAUAGGGCUGCUGCUGCUGCCCGGCCCCCCGUGCCCCCGCCAGCACCACAGCCACCCAGCCCUGCUCGGAGUCCACCUCGGCCUGCCCCGGCCAAGGAGGAGGACGAAGAAGACGAGGAGGAGCGGACAGAGACGGAGACCUCUGGGGAGCGGCUGGGUGUCAGCGAUGAUGGAGGGCUCUUUGUAAUGGACGAGGAUGCCACACUCCAGGACCUGCCCCCCUUCUGUGAGUCGGACCCUGAGAGCACAGAUGAUGGCAGCCUGAGUGAGGAGACCCCUGCUGGCCCCCCCGCCUACUCCGUGCCCCCGGCCUCAGCCCUGCCCACGCAGCAGUAUGCCAAGUCCCUGCCUGUGUCCGUGCCCGUCUGGGCCUUCAAGGAGAAGAGGCCAGAAGCACGGUCAUCAGAUGAAGAGAAUGGGCCGCCCUCUUCGCCGGACCUGGACCGCAUCGCGGCGAGCAUGCGCGCGCUGGUGCUGCGGGAGGCCGAGGACACCCAGGUCUUCGGGGACCUGCCGCGGCCGCGGCUCAACACCAGCGACUUCCAGAAGCUGAAGCGGAAAUACUGAGGCCCAGGGAGAGCGCUUCCAGGCCCAGCGUCCGCCCCGCCCCACACUACACCCCUGCCCCGCCCCUGGGCCCGGCCAAUCCGAGUCAGACCCGGGACCGGCUUCUCAGGUUCCCGGGGUCCCAGGAUUGCCCCUUCCCCGCCAAUUCCCGCCGUCCUUCCAAGCCCACGACCCCCUCUCGCGCCGAGGAGCGGGACCUAUCUAGUUUCCGGAUUGGGUCUGUCGCUGCAUUUUUUUUUGCCCAGCGACAGGUUCUUUCGAUUAAGGGAUUGGCUCGCUCCCGGACCGGGGCGUGGCUAGUUUUAAGCCCUCAUAAGGGUCAACUGUCGUUUUCGCCCAGUGACAAGAGCUUCGCUCGCGCGGCAUUGGUUGAAAAAGAACAGCCAAGCCACAGGAUUGGGGAGUGGUAAGCCACUACAACCUAGAGAAUAGGCAACUUCAUUUGAUUGGCUUGAACGUAAAGGGCUUGACCAAUCUCCCGGAGUCGCCAUCCCACCCUUCCUAGUUUGUCCCACCUGAUAGGCUCCAGCCCUCUGGGCGCGUGGCCAAACCCUCCUAACCCCAGGAUUGGCCUGCGGCCUUAAAUUUACGUUCUUUACACUACUGGGACUGGGGUCGCUUUUGACCGAGUCCUGACUACGUGCCCCUCUACCCUCUCCCAGGGAUGGCCCAAUCCUGUCCCUGCGUCUGACACCCUCUUCGGUUCAUCCCACAACAGCCUGCCAAUCGUAGUCCGUCCUUGCAGUCAGGACGGCACCAGCUCCCGCCCCUCUCCCCCCACCCCCACAGGUGCCUUAAAGGGCCCUUGUCCACCCGAGGUGGGGGGCAGGGGCCCUCGCUCUCCGGCCCUUGUGUGGGGAAGAGAGUCGUGGGUGGGGAUCGGGAGUUGGGAGCGGUGGUCUGAGAUUAAAAGUUUUACCUCUGACAAAGGAGUAUAGAGUG